CGGGGCCCCCGGCCCAGGCGGUCCCGGCCGGGCCCAGCACACCCCCAUGAGGGAAGCGCAGCCCAGGCUCCCACCUGAAGAUUGGCCCAGUCCUCAGGUUUCACUCAUGACCCUGUGACAUCAGCGGCAGCAGCUGUCCCCGCCGGCCCGGCCCCCCGGCCAAGUCCCCCAGAGUCCCAGCCGCAGCCCGAGGUGGGCACGCCGCUCCGCGCUCGCCGCUCCCGUCCAACAGCUGAAGCCACACAGUCCCCAGAACUUGGGCCCAGGAGGCGGUUGAAGGCACUGGGGCGUUGGCCCCAAGUCUCGAAGACGGAAGAGGAUCUGGUUGGUUUGCUGUCAGUCCAGAGGGCAGCCAAGCCCUUGCUGGGGAGAGUGUGGUGCGGGGCUUGGGGGUGAUGCCCUUGCGUCCAGCACCUGUGCAGCAGCACCUGGGCCCUGCAGGCACGUCUCCCAGCCCCAAAAGGGCCUGCACGCCGACCUCCCCGCCCUGGCCCCUGGUCAGGCAGGAGCUGAGUAGCGGACAGCAGGCCCAGGGCGGGGUGGCCGCCCAGCACCCCGGGGGCCGCACGCUGCAGCUGUCUCGGCUGCCUGCCGCCCUGCUGGCCCCUGAGCCCAGAUGCGAGGAUGGCCAACUCAUCUCAGCCCACGGUGGUGCCUCUGGGCCCUGAGAGCCUGCGCCCCUUCACCCGGGAGUCCCUGGCAGCCAUAGAACGGCGGGUGAUGGAGGAGGAGGCCCGGAAGCAGCGGAACAAGCAGAUGGAGACUGAGGGGCCCGAACAGAAGCCGUGCAGUGACCUGGAGGCUGGCAAGAACCUGCCCCAUAUCUAUGGGGACCCCCCACCGGAGGUCAUUGGCAUCCCCCUGGAGGACCUGGAUCCUUACUACGGUGACAAGAAGACCUUCAUCGUGCUCAACAAGGGCAAGGCCAUCUUCCGCUUCUCUGCCACACCUGCUCUCUACGUGCUGAGCCCCUUCAGCACCCUCAGACGCUGCGCCAUCAAGGUGCUCAUCCACUCGCUGUUCAGCAUGUUCAUCAUGAUCACCAUCUUGACCAACUGCGUGUUCAUGACCAUGAGCGACCCGCCCUCCUGGUCCAAGCAUGUGGAGUACACCUUCACAGGGAUCUACACCUUUGAGUCCCUCAUCAAGAUCCUGGCCCGAGGCUUUUGCAUCGAAGACUUCACAUUCCUCCGGGACCCCUGGAACUGGCUGGACUUCAGCGUCAUCAUGAUGGCGUACCUGACGGAGUUUGUGGACUUGGGCAACAUCUCAGCCCUGAGAACCUUCCGGGUGCUGCGGGCCCUGAAAACCAUCACAGUCAUCCCAGGGCUGAAGACCAUUGUGGGAGCCCUGAUCCAGUCGGUGAAAAAGCUGUCAGAUGUGAUGAUCCUCACCGUCUUCUGCCUGAGUGUCUUUGCCCUGGUGGGGCUGCAGCUCUUCAUGGGAAACCUGCGGCAGAAGUGUGUGCGCUGGCCCCCGCCCUUCAAUGACACCAACACCACGUGGUACGGCAAUGACACCUGGUACGGCAAUGACACCUGGUAUGGCAAUGACACCUGGAACAGCCAGGAGAGCUGGGCCAGCAACUCUACCUUUGACUGGGAUGCCUACAUCAAUGACGAAGGGAACUUCUAUUUCCUGGAAGGCUCCAAUGACGCCCUGCUCUGUGGGAACAGCAGCGACGCUGGGCGCUGCCCUGAGGGUUACGAGUGCAUCAAGGCCGGGCGGAACCCCAACUAUGGCUACACCAGCUAUGACACCUUCAGCUGGGCCUUCCUGGCUCUCUUCCGCCUCAUGACACAGGACUAUUGGGAGAACCUCUUCCAGCUGACCCUUCGAGCAGCCGGCAAGACCUACAUGAUCUUCUUCGUGGUCAUCAUUUUCCUGGGCUCCUUCUACCUCAUCAACCUGAUCCUGGCGGUGGUGGCCAUGGCAUACGCUGAGCAGAACGAGGCCACCUUGGCCGAGAAUCAGGAGAAAGAAGAAGAGUUUCAGCAGAUGCUGGAGAAAUUCAGAAAGCAGCAGGAAGAGCUGGGGAAGGCCAAGGCCGCUCAGGCUCUGGAAGGUAGGGAGGCAGACGAGGACCCAGCCCACGGCAAAGACUGCAACGGCAGCCUGGACACAUCAACGGGGGAGAAGGGGCCCCCGAGACCCAGCUGCAGCGCAGACAGCGGCGUCUCAGAUGCUAUGGAAGGGCUGGAAGAGGCCCACCAGAAGUGCCCACCGUGGUGGUACAAGUGUUCCCAGAAAGUGCUCAUAUGGAACUGCUGCACCCCGUGGAUGAAGUUCAAGAAUAUCAUCCACUUGAUCGUCAUGGACCCCUUCGUGGACCUGGGCAUCACCAUCUGCAUCGUGCUCAACACCCUCUUCAUGGCCAUGGAGCAUUACCCCAUGACGGAGCAAUUUGACAGAGUGCUCAACGUGGGCAACCUGGUCUUCACGGGCAUCUUCACAGCAGAGAUGGUGCUGAAGCUCAUCGCCCUGGACCCCUAUGAGUACUUCCAGCAGGGCUGGAACAUCUUCGACAGUAUCAUCGUCACCCUCAGCCUGGUGGAACUGGGCCUGGCCAACGUGCAGGGGCUGUCGGUGCUCCGCUCCUUCCGUCUGCUGCGGGUCUUCAAGCUGGCCAAGUCGUGGCCAACGUUGAACAUGCUCAUCAAGAUCAUCGGCAACUCGGUGGGGGCACUGGGCAACCUGACGCUGGUGCUGGCCAUCAUCGUGUUCAUCUUCGCCGUGGUGGGCAUGCAGCUGUUCGGCAAGAGCUACAAGGAGUGCGUGUGCAAGAUCGCCGCAGACUGCAACCUGCCCCGCUGGCACAUGCACGACUUCUUCCACUCCUUCCUCAUCAUCUUCCGCAUCCUGUGCGGGGAGUGGAUCGAGACCAUGUGGGACUGCAUGGAGGUGGCCGGCCAGGCCAUGUGCCUCACCGUCUUCCUCAUGGUCAUGGUCAUCGGCAACCUGGUGGUCCUGAACCUCUUCUUGGCCCUGCUGCUCAGCUCCUUCAGCGCCGACAGCCUGGCAGCCUCGGACGAGGAUGGCGAGAUGAACAACCUGCAGAUCGCCGUCGCACGCAUCAAGUGGGGCGUCGGCUUCGCCAAAGCCUUCCUCGUGGGGCUGCUGCAUGGCAAGAUCCUGAGCCCCAAGGUUAUCAUGCUCAGCCUCGGGGAGAUUGGGGAGGCUGGCGAGGCCGGCGAGGCCGGCGAGGCUGGGGAAAGUGUCUCCGAAGACGAGAAGAAGGAGCUACCGCCCGAGGAGGAUGAAAACAAGGACCUCAAGAAGGACAAUCAUAUCCUGAACCACAUGGGCCUGGCUGACGGCCCUCCCCGCAGCAUUGAGCUGGACCACCUCAACUUCAUCAACAACCCCUACCUGACCAUCCACGUGCCCAUCGCCUCCGAGGAGUCUGACCUGGAGAUGCCCACAGAGGAGGAAACAGACACCUUCUCGGAGCCUGAGGAUGGCAAGAAGCCGCUGCAGCCCCUCGACGGGAACUCCUCCGUCUGCAGCACUGCCGACUACAAGCCCCCCGAGGAGGACCCCGACGACCAGGCCGAGGAGAGCCCUGAGGGGGAGCAGCCUGAGGAGUGCUUCACCGAGGCCUGUGUGCAGCGCUUUCCCUGCCUCUACGUGGACGUCUCCCGGGGCCAAGGGAAGACGUGGUGGACCCUCCGCAGGGCCUGCUUCAAGAUCGUUGAGCACAACUGGUUUGAGACCUUCAUUGUCUUCAUGAUCCUACUCAGCAGUGGAGCCUUGGCCUUCGAGGACAUCCACAUCGAGCAGCGGCGAGUCAUCCGGACCAUCCUGGAAUACGCCGAUAGGGUCUUCACCUACAUCUUCAUCGUGGAGAUGCUGCUCAAGUGGGUGGCCUAUGGCUUCAAGGUGUACUUUACCAGCGCCUGGUGCUGGCUCGACUUCCUCAUCGUGGAUGUCUCCAUCAUCAGCCUGGUGGCCAACUGGCUGGGCUACUCGGAGCUGGGACCCAUCAAAUCCCUGCGGACGCUCAGGGCUCUGCGUCCCCUGAGGGCACUGUCUAGAUUCCAGGGCAUGAGGGUGGUGGUGAAUGCCCUCCUGGGAGCCAUCCCCUCCAUCAUGAAUGUGCUGCUCGUCUGCCUCAUCUUCUGGCUCAUCUUCAGCAUCAUGGGCGUCAACCUGUUCGCCGGCAAGUUCUACUACUGCAUGAACACCACCACCUCCGAGAGGUUCGACAUCUCCGAGGUCAACAACAAGUCCGAGUGCGAGAGCCUGAUGCACACGGGCCAGGUCCGCUGGCUCAAUGUCAAGGUCAACUACGACAACGUGGGUCUGGGCUACCUCUCCCUCCUGCAGGUGGCCACCUUCAAGGGCUGGAUGAGCAUCAUGUAUGCAGCCGUGGACUCCCGGGAGAAGGAGGAACAGCCCCAGUACGAGGUGAACAUCUACAUGUACCUCUAUUUCGUCAUCUUCAUCAUCUUCGGCUCCUUCUUCACCCUCAACCUCUUCAUUGGCGUCAUCAUCGACAACUUCAACCAGCAGAAGAAGAAGUUUGGAGGGAAAGACCUCUUCAUGACGGAGGAACAGAAGAAAUACUAUAACGCCAUGAAGAAGCUUGGCUCCAAGAAGCCUCAGAAGCCAAUUCCCCGGCCCCAGAACAAGCUCCAGGGCAUGGUGUACGACUUGGUGACGAAGCAGGCGUUCGACAUCACGAUCAUGAUGCUCAUCUGCCUCAACAUGGUCACCAUGAUGGUGGAGACGGAUGACCAGAGCCAGCUCAAGGUGGACAUCCUCUACAACGUCAACAUGAUCUUCAUCAUCAUCUUCACGGGCGAGUGCGUGCUCAAGAUGCUGGCCCUGCGCCAGUACUACUUCACCAUCGGCUGGAACAUCUUCGACUUCGUGGUUGUCAUCCUGUCCAUUGUGGGCCUUGCACUCUCUGACCUGAUCCAGAAAUACUUCGUGUCACCCACGCUGUUCCGUGUCAUCCGCCUGGCGCGGAUCGGGCGCGUCCUACGGCUGAUCCGAGGGGCCAAGGGCAUCAGGACGCUGCUGUUUGCUCUCAUGAUGUCACUGCCCGCCCUCUUCAACAUCGGCCUCCUCCUCUUCUUGGUCAUGUUCAUUUACUCCAUCUUCGGCAUGUCCAACUUCGCUUACGUCAAGAAGGAGUCGGGCAUCAACGACAUGUUUAACUUUGAGACCUUCGGCAACAGCAUCAUCUGCCUCUUUGAGAUCACCACGUCGGCCGGCUGGGACGGGCUCCUCAACCCCAUCCUCAACAGCGGGCCCCCCGACUGUGACCCCACGCUGGAGAACCCGGGCACCAGCGUCAGGGGUGACUGCGGCAACCCCUCCAUCGGCAUCUGCUUCUUCUGCAGCUACAUCAUCAUCUCCUUCCUCAUCGUGGUCAACAUGUACAUCGCCAUCAUCCUGGAGAACUUCAACGUGGCCACGGAGGAGAGCAGUGAGCCUCUCGGGGAGGAUGACUUCGAGAUGUUCUACGAGUCGUGGGAGAAGUUUGACCCCGACGCCACGCAGUUCAUCGACUACAGCCGCCUCUCCGACUUCGUGGACACCCUGCAGGAGCCGCUGAGGAUCGCCAAGCCCAACAAGAUCAAGCUCAUCACAAUGGACCUGCCCAUGGUGCCAGGGGACAAGAUCCACUGCCUGGACAUCCUCUUUGCCCUGACCAAAGAGGUCCUGGGAGACUCUGGGGAGAUGGACUCCCUCAAAGAGACCAUGGAGGAGAAGUUCAUGGCUUCCAACCCAUCCAAGGUCUCCUACGAGCCCAUCACAACCACCCUCAAGAGGAAGCACGAGGAAGUGUGCGCCAUCAAGAUCCAGAGGGCCUACCGCCGGCACCUGCUGCAGCGCUCCGUGAAGCAGGCUUCCUACAUGUACCGCCACAGUCAGGACAGCAGCGGGGACGCAGCCCCUGAGAAGGAGGGGCUGAUUGCUGACACCAUGAGCAAGAUGUAUGACCCUGAGAACGGGAACAGUGGUGUGCAGAGCAAGGGGGAGGGGAGGGGCUCAACCUGGGACCCCAGACCUGCCAUGGGGCUCCUGUCCGUCAGACCCACAGACACAGCCCUCCCUCCCGCCCCACCCCCAGGGCAGACGGUGCGCCCAGGGGUCAAAGAGUCUCUUGUCUAGCAGGCGGCAGCGAGGUGGCACAGCCCCAAAGCUCCCCCGUGGUGCCUGCCACUGAGGGAGCUAGGGCUUUGCGUCUGGGACUGAUCCAGCUCCCUGUCGGGGACAGGAUUUGGCCGUGCUGGGUUGUCACCCAGGCCAUGGAAAACGGGAAUUGUACCUGAAUUCUCCAUUCUGAGCCCGAGGCUGCUGCCUCCAUGAUUUUACCUUCAAGUUGCUCUCACCUCCUCGGGGGCCCUGCUGCCCUCCUCAUGGCCCCGGGGGAGGUGGGAACAUCAGAAGCUCUGCUCCCCACUUGGGGAGGAGCCGGCCUGUGAUGGAAGGAUUGGCUGCCCUCCUGCCACCAGAGUCUUAAGGGCCACUGACCUCUCCCCAGGAAGUAGCUCAGGCCCCCCCAGCUCCCUCCAGGACAAGGAAGUCUUAACUUCAGUGAGAGCAGACACCUGACCCCAGGGCCUGCCAGCCCUCCCCCUGACUCUGGGUGCAGUAUCACCCUGCCAGCUUAGGAAUUCUCUGGAAAAGGGAAGCAUCACUGGUCCAGAAAUGGCUCCACAAACCUGAUGGGCCACUGGAUCCUGACUUAUUGGGCUGGUGUGACCCCUGACACCCUUUCCGGAUUUGUCCAUUGCCCAGGCCCCUGGCUCCCUGGCUGGCCCCUGGGAGAAGAGCAGAAGGGAGGAUUCUACUUGGGAAUCGUCUUUUUCUAGAAAGCACGGAUGGGUAGCACAGGUUGGAUCCCACCAGCAUAUCACUGCACUGGGGGCUUUCUUGGCCGGAACACCCAGAUCUCAGGUGGUGUCGGGGACCCUGGUGCUCAGGAAGAAGAUUCCCCUCCCUCCCUCCUUCCCUCCCUCCUGCAUCAGCACCACUGGGGCUCCUGGCAGCCUCACCAACCCCAGAGGUCUCCUCCUCCUCCUCCACCACACCCAUCUCUUCCUCCCUCCUCGUCCUUUUCCCCUCCUCAAAGUGAUCCUAAGAAUGUUCUAGCUGAGCCCAUGUUCGAGAUUUCCACACUGGGGCAGGCACUGCUCACCUGGCUCAGACCCAACCUUCCAACUUCCUGCCGCCUGGUCUGCCGGCACCGCUGACUUGGGCAUGGCGGUGCCCGUCCUCCGCCGGCUCCCGAGAACAGACAGAGGCUGAGCUCGGAGGAGAGGGUGAGACACCGGCUUAGGGGUCACUGGAUUUACUCAUCUGUGUGUGUGUGCCUGUGUGCCAGCGUUAUCCCUAUGUGUAUAGCUCUGUUUGUGUGUGUGUGUGUGUGUGUGUGUGAACCACCGUGUCCGUCAGAGCCUGCAUAUGCAUGUGUGUAUGGGUAUAUUUGUGUACAUGUGUGUCAGUGUGCCCCGCAGUGUCUGGCUGGUGUGUGUGUGUGUGUGUGUAUGUGUGUCUUCUCUGUAGGCCUGUCUGUGUGAGUGUCCCUGUGCUGUGUGUAUGUGAGUGUGAACACAGGUGGUAAGGUUUGCACAUCGAGUCCCCCGUUGCCUUUAGUUCCUCUUCUUUUUCUUCUUGUUUCUCGUGAACAGUUUGAUUAAAACUCAGGAAGCAGCAAAACCUCCAAAACAACCUGUGUGAGUGUGUGUGUGUGUGUGUGUGUGUGUGUGUGUGUGUGUGUUUGCGUGUGUGCUCGCCCAGAGGCCGGAGCCUUCCUUUCUGUCUGCCGCGCUCGCCGGCCUCCUCACCACCCUGCCUGGGCAUCCCUCUCUCUCACCCCCGUGAGUCCCCUCUUCUGCCUUCCUCCACUUCUCUUCCUCACACCCACUGCCCAGCCCUGCUUCCCGGCCCCGGCUGGGUCCUCUCUGGAAUGAGGCCCCCGCUCCUUCCAUCUCUUCCUGCAGCAGUUCUGGCUCUUUCUUCAGAAGUUCAUCCUGUAGGGGUCAGCCUCCUCUCUGACCAGCACUCCGCCCACAGCCUUUCCCUCCUCGUUGGGGCUCUGACUAGUGAGGCCCCAAGAGCCUCAGCCCCUGCUGGACUGGACUCUCCACCGGACCGUGUGCAGAUUGCAGAGCCAGCGUGGCUGAGCGGGGUCCAGGCCUCCCCCUGCCCGCAGCCUCCUCCCCUGCAGACCCACACCCAUUGCACCUUGUCCGGGUGGGAACAGGCCCAAGCCAGGCCAGUAGACAGGCUCCUUUGUACAGUUCUUAUAAUAAACCUCCCCAGUGCCUCUGA